AUGGGCAAAAAACUUCACUUGAUGGAUACAGUACACUUGGUGAAGAAGACUAUGAAACAGAUGAAUCACACUGCAAAGAUUGGAAUUUUUCUGAAUAACCAGGCAUCCUUGGAUCAUGAAUGGACACCCAUUUACAUGCUCACAAUAAUAAUCAGUGGAUUUGAUUCACCUGAUCACAUUGAACAACUCCAGCUAUUUGUACAAGAUGUCCCAGAUGAGCGCUGUGGCGUACAGUUCCAGACUCCAGGAGGAGCCACAGUUCAUGUAGAAGAAACAGCAGAACCUCUUUCCCAAAUCUACACCAUUGUCUCAGCACCAUCAUAUGCAGAGAAUUUUAGAUAUACCAUCACCAAAGCUGUUCCUGCUUCUGUAAAAGAUGAGUUCAGAGUGGAUCAAUCAAGCAGCAUUAAUGUUCCAUUCAAUGGAUUUGGCCAUCAGAAUGAGGAGACGAAUUUUGAACUCCACAUCACGGUUACACAGAACAUGGAAAUUAUUUGUAAUGAGACAUUGAGAAUUGUUGUGAUUCCAGUUAAUCACAGACCCCCAAUCUUCACAUCUGUUCCCAUGACUGUCAGCAUCCCAGAGAAUCAAGGGCCUGAGUUUCAUGUGGCAAAGGUGACUGCUACAGGUGACAGGGUAAACUAUCACCUGACAGCCUUCAACCCAACCUUCCAGAUUGUUGAGGAAACUGGAAUCAUCAAAACAUCUUAUAAUCUCGACCUGGAUCAGAAACCAGGCCUUGCUGUCAACCUGUUGGUGAUUGUAGCUUUUGACAACAGCUACCUUUACAGUUCGUUGGCUAAUCUCACAGUCUAUGUGACAGAUGUGAAUGAUAAUGACCCACAGUGCACUCCCCCCAUCCUAGUUGAUCCUGAUUAUUCGAAUACUAGCCUUUCAUAUUCAAUUGUAGCCAAUGACAACUCGCUUUUUAAAUUCAAGUAUCACGCCAGUAGUGUGAAGGUGAACGAAAGUCUGGAUUAUGAUUCUGCUAAGAUGGCAAGUCUGGAUUUUCAGUACACAGCCACAGUCAUUGUGACAGACACUGGAAAUCCCCCACGGACAACGACUGUCUCGAUGCUGGUGACUGUCACUCAAGUCAAUGAGUUUCCCCCUGUCUUUCAUGGCAUCAAAACCUUCUCGGUUCCAGAAAACAGUCCAGUGAACACACGGGUGGGCACAGUGAAUGCUACAGAUGCUGACUGGGUCUAUAACAAUAUGCGUUUCUCCAUUGUUGGACAUGCUCCACCAACCUUCUACAUUCACCCAUAUACUGGUCAAAUCGACAUUUUGGUUCUGCUUGACUUUGAAAGGAUUGACACCUACACACUAACAAUCCAGGCUGUGGACAUGAACUACAAUGUGAUAUUUGAUAGCUCCCAGCAAAGUACCACCUACGCUCAGUACACUAUCAAAGUUGAGAAUGUAAACGAUGUUCCUCCCAUAUCUAACCCCCCUUUCUACACGGAAACAAUCUACUCUACAUGCGCAGACAGUAUCCCCAUCGUUACUCUGGUUUGUACUGACAAAGACUCUGAGCUUCUCACCUACAGAAUCGUUGGUGGAAAUAUAAACAACCGCUUCAUUUCCCAGGGGAGUUCCCUGUUCUCGAAAAACGCCUUCUCAUAUGAUCUGGAUGGGAUCUCUGACCCGACGACCUUUCAACUCUUAAUUCAGGUCACUGACAAUAACAGUGCUGAUUCAAAACUUCAGCUGACAACCACGGUGAUUGUGAUUGUCCAUGUUAUUCCUUGGACAACCACAGCACCGACUACUACCACACCGUCAACCACAAGGAUCCCGGUUAACAAAAUAAUGACUGUGCUGGAUAAUUACUGGAAGCCUGAGGCCUGGUUUGUAGUCGUCCUGACAUUGUUCUCAGCAUUGGCUGCUGUAGCUUUAGCAUUACUGCUGUGCAACUGCCUCUCAAGAUGGGAUGAAACAGGCAUGGAAACAGGCAAUGAUAUGAAGGUGGAAGGAAGUGGUUUUGAUGAGGGAGAGGAUAUGGGACUGGAAAUUCAGCUCAGGUUUAAGUAUGACAUUAACAUAGUGAACAGUUUGGCUCAGCCCCAGAUGUUUGCCAGGGAGAGCAAUGGUGUCGGUGGCUAG